AUGGCGGAAUCUUUACUUACUCUUCUAAUGGCCAAUCUUCUGCAGUUAUCAUUGUUUAUUUUCUCUUUUACUAGUGAAGACUUAUCUCGUCACCCAACCGAAGAGCGAUUCACAACAGAAAAUUUUGAUCCUUCAACUCAAUCUUCAUUGAUCAUCAGUAACGAUUCACCAAUUUAUUCAAGUAGAUUCGGCUGCCUUUCGUGGAACGAAAAAUAUCAUUUACCUGACGGACAAUGUUACGAAGUGAUGACGCAAGGACCUUGCAAAAACAAUCAACUCUUUUAUGCAGACACAGAAUUUGAAAAUGAUGGAAUCUGUGAUUGUGAUAGCAGUCUAUUACUACUCUAUUCAGCUGAAACCGAAGAAUGUUAUCAGCAAAACACCCAGGGACCGUGCAAAGAUGGAGAAUGGUUUGCAUUACCCGAUGGAAUGACUGUGCCUAUUUGCCAACCACUUCCAGACGGAUGUCUGGCCAACGGUCUCUACGUUUUCUGGAGUGCUGAUUAUGAAGGAUCAACGGAAACGAGUGAUAAUCAAUGUUGGGAGUUGGGGACGCAAGGACCUUGUUCCCAAGGCGAAACGUUGGAGCGCUACAUCACAAAUCACAUCGGAUGUCAACCAAGAAUUUUAAACAGGGUCCCUAAACCUCAUAGUGCCUUAGACAAUUUGGUUAUCAAUGGAGAUUCGCAGGGUAAAAAAGCAGAUCGGAGAUCCGCAGGCAGAUCUGUUGCUAUAGCUGGGUUACGACCUUGUGGUCCUGGAAGUCGCCGAUCCCAGAACGGGAAGUGUCGAGUGAAUUUAAACCAAGGAUAACACACCACGUUUCGAAAUUAAAAAAACUGUCGCCUUUGUGAAGUCCGUCCGGAGCUAAUAUUUAGAUCAUUCCACGUGUGGGUGUUUUUUUUUUAUAACCAAACAAAUGGAAAAGAGUCAAAUGCUACGAUCCAACUGUACUGCUUAGAAAUCGUAUUUUGUCCUGGUCUUCGUUUAAGUAUUAGGAUAAUUGAAAACAAAUUCCAUGAAGUUCUACAGUAGUUAAUUUAAUUGCAGGUACAGGCCUUGUAGUAUUUUUCUUGUAUUCUGUGUCGGUCUAAAUCCGAUAACAAAUCAAAUGAACUACGCCUUUAGUAUAUAUCACCAUAUUGACUAUGUGAUUGCGGCUGCAAAACAUGAUGAAGAAGCAAUCGAUGGAAACAUUUCCCAACGCCAUUCCGUUCAAGCCUAGAAAAUGAACUGCUGGAUAAGAUGGUAGAAGUUUAUUCUUCGGUUUGUGGAUGAUAACGUAGAUACAUGUGGUGCGUUUCCUUUACCAUCGCGAAAUUCCCGAAAAGUUUGCUCCACGACGUGCUGAUUGAAUCAGAUAAAGGAAAUUACGAUCCGCCAACUUAAGAAACAUAGCAAUCUUCCCGCUGUCGGCCUCUCGGCGUUUAGACGAUAAGCUAAUUAGCCUACAUCUGGAAAUGCAUGGAGUUACACCAGUAUACAUGGAUUUCGAUUUUUU